CUUUCCUUUCUCUAAAAAUUAAACCAAAAAAACGUUCUGAUUUUUGUCAAAAAAGAAAAACGUUUGAUUUUCUCGGCAAGCGGCCAAGCCCAACCCAUGGACUCGAUCAUAUCCACGGCGCUCGAAGAAAUCUGCUCCCAUGGUGAAGCUGGAGUCACUCUUACUACGCUCUGGUCCAGUCUCAAUCCUUCCCUCUCCGCUUCUAAUCUCGACCUCUCCUCCGGCCUAAAGCAAGCCCUAUGGACCGGUCUUCUCAGCGUUCCAUCUCUUCAGUUUCAUGCUCACAGCGCCACCUACAGCUCUUCCGACCCCUCCAUUCAGACCUUCGAAGCCGCCGAAACCAUAAAUUUGAAGCUCGUCGCUCAAGAGAAUCUUAGGGACAACUUUCUGGGUCUCUACAAUGUCCACUCUUCCAAUGCUUCCAUUUCUCUGCCUCAACGCCGCACCCUCCAGCGUCUCGCCGUUGCUCGGAAAAAUGGAAUUACACAAAAUCAACUUGCCAAAGAAUUUGGUAUUAAAGGAAAAAACUUAUUUUAUGUAUUGAGGAGCCUUGAAUGUCAAGGAUUAAUCGUGAGGCAAUCUGCUGUUGUGAAGACAAAAGAAGCUUGUGAUGAAGGGGAGGCAAGAAGCAUUCCAAGCGUGACUACCAACUUAGUGUACUUAUCUCGCUACGCAAAGCAUUUAGGCUCACAGCAAAAAUUUGAGAUAAUUAAGGAGGAACCAAGUACCGAGAGCUUUGAUAAUGUAAAGGGAAGGGCUGUAAGGAGAGAUGAUGUGGAAGGCAGAGAGGAUGUGGUGGUUAAGGAUUAUCUUCCAGCAAUGAAGGCAGUCUGUAAUAAACUUGAAAAAGCAACUGGCAAGGUUCUUGUUGUUUCGGAUAUAAAGAAAGAGUUUGGGUAUAUUGGAGCUACAACUGGUCAUAGGGAGUGGAGGAAGAUAUGUUCCAGGUUGAUAGAUGGCCAUAUUGUGGAGGAGUUUGAUGCUAAAGUAAAUGGGAAGGUUGAACGUUGCCUGCGUUUACUGAAGAAUUUUUCUCCAGAGAGUUUAGACCUCAAAACUCUAGGAUGUGUAGAUGAUGAUUUUGAGGAAGAACAGGUGAAGUUCGGGAAGAAAUGUCAAGUCAGUGACCAGCUUGUAGAACUCCCCAUUGAGCAUCAAAUAUAUGAUAUGAUUGAUGCUGCAGGUUCUCAGGGUUUGACCGUGAUGGAGGUUUGCAGGAGACUUGGGAUUGACAACAAAAAGAACCAUGAUCGACUUGUUAGUAUGUUCUCCAGAUUUGGAAUGGACUUGCAAGCAGAAAAUCAUAAAAAAUGUAUAGUAUAUCGAGUUUGGUCACCUGGGAGACGCAAUCUUCAAUCUUCUAAUGCAUUUCCUAGUGAACCAAAUUUAUCAAAUAUGGUCAAUGACAAUAGAUUGUCUAAUGUAGAUAUUGUCAAUUUAGAUACCCCUGAUAGGUCUACUGAGAAAUAUUCAGAAUAUGGGCCUUUAGUUUUGACAGGGUGUAUUUCUAGCCCUGAAAAAGUGAGAAGUACUGAUGUUUCUAGGGGCUCCCCUCAGGAUGCCACUGAAUCUAAUCUUCUUUGUAAUAAUUCUCAAGAGAUACUCACUGAGUCGAAAGAUACUUUUUCUAACACUGGACUUGAUUUGGUGAGCACGGAAAUGGAAACAAGUUUAGCUUCAUCUGAAACUUCCAUUGCAUUGAAGCCGCUCGAUUCAGAAUCAAAUCGGAGAUAUCCAUGUCUAUUGACUGUGGAGAAUGCGCGGAGGGAGAAAAUCAUACUUGAACGGUUACAGAAUGAGAAGUUCAUCAUAAUAGGUGAGCUUCGUAAGUGGAUAAGGAGCCUUGAAAAAGAUAAAUGCACCACAACAGAUCCCAAAACUAUUGAUCGUCUUUUAAACAAACUCCAACAAGAAGGGCACUGCAAGUGCAUAAAAAUCAAUGUUCCUGUUAUCACAAAUUGUGGCAGUAGCCGCAUUACUCAGGUGGUCUUGCACCCGGAUGUUCAAAGCUUGUCUCCUGAACUAGUGUCUAAAAUUCAUGAUCAAUUGAGAUCCUUUGAGAUUCAAAGUCGUGGCCAGUGCUCUUCUCGAUUGAAGAACAGUGGAUCUGUUCCUGUAUUGAAUGAUGUCCAAAGGACUCAAAACCUUGCCAGUUCAGGUACCAGAGCCACUAGAUCAGAAGCCAUGCGUGCUAAUGGUUUCAUUUUGGCAAAAAUGAUUCGUGCAAAGUUGCUUCAUUGUUUUUUGUGGGAUCACCUUUAUGGAUCUCAAGGUUCCAAUGAUGUUUUAUUAUCUGAAAAAAAUGCGUACCAGCUCCACAAUCCUUACAGCUGCAGCAAAUUGUUUUCUCUUGAAGCAACAACUAAGGCCAUUCCCAUUGAGCUUUUUUUACAAGUUGUAGGAUCGACUCAAAACUUCGAAAAUAUGAUUGAGAAGUGCAGGAGAGGGUUGUGUCUCUCAGAUCUUUCUACUCAGGAGUACAAGUCUUUGAUGGAUUCUCGUUCAACUGAAAGGCUUUCAUCGGUCAUUGAUAUCUUGCGAAGGUUAAAGUUGAUUCGAUUACUAAGUGAGGAACAUCCAGAAGAUGGAUCCCAAGUUUUGCAAGCAACAUUAAUUCAUGCGUUGGAGCUUAAGCCUUACAUUGAAGAGCCAAUCUCAAAAGACAUGAUUACUUUGAGUUUUAGACCUUUUGAUCUCCGCCCACGAAUCAGACAUGACUUUGUCCUCUCAAAUAGAAAAGCUGUUGACGAGUAUUGGAAAACUUUAGAAUACUGUUAUGCUGCUGCAGAUCCAAGAGCUGCUUUACAUGCAUUCCCUGGAUCUGCUGUUAAUGAGGUAUUCCAUUUCCGAUCGUGGGCUUCUGUUCGAGUUAUGUCAGCGGAUCAGCGUGCCGAGCUCUUGAAGCGUGUGAUGAAGGAUGAUCAAAGUGGAAAGCUUUCAUUUAAAGAUUGUGGCAGGAUUGCAAAGGAUUUGAAUUUAUCCUUAGAACAGGUGCUUCGAGUGUAUUAUGAUAGGCGCCAAUUACGUCUUAACCAAAUUCCUGUUGAAAGAUCUAAUGGAAGGUCAGUGAAGGUGAGAAAAGUUGACAAGGUGGCUGGAGAGUUUGAUGAUGAGAGGCUUCUUACAUGUCCUGAUACUGGAAAUCAAUUCAUGGAAGGAGAAAAUUCAGUAUCUUCUACAGGAGCUCAUGAAAUGUUUCUGGAUGAUGAAAAUCACAUUAACACUGGGGAUCCAGAACUUAAUGAAGAUGAUGAGGGUUCUUAUUCUGUUAUUACUAGGUCUACUAUUUCGAAGAUGAAGGCAUCACGACAAAAGAGGUUUUCAUGGACAGAGGAAGCUGAUAGGCAAUUGGUGAUCCAAUAUGCUAGACACCGUGCUGCACUUGGGACAAAAUAUUACCGCACAGAUUGGGGGUCAGUUGUUGAUCUUCCAGCGCCACCAAGUACCUGCAGGAAAAGAAUGGCAUCACUCAAUAGUAAUGUCAAAAUCAGAAAAGCUGUAAUGAGGCUUUGUAACAUGCUUAGUGAACGAUAUGUGAAGCUCUUGGAGAAAACUCAAAACAAGUUACUUGAAAAAGAUGAAUGCAGAUCUCAAGGUUCGUCGGGUAAAGGUCUCAAUAAAAAAUUGUCUGACGCCAAUGAACAUGCUAAGGAGGAAGAGGGCUGGGAUGAUUUCAAUAACAACAGUAUUAAAACUGCCCUUGACGAGGUUCUUCGUUGCAAAUGGAUGGCUAAACUGGAGGCUUCAAAGAGAGUUGGAUCCACAUAUGAGGAGUGGUCAGAUAUAAAGAUGAAUGCCAAGAAAAAUGAUUUUCUGGAGUCAGAAAAAACUGAUGCUACUACUCCCGAGGAUGUCCAAAACUUUGGUGGAGGACUACAAAAAAGUUCCAUGCGAAGAUCACGGGCUCAGCGCCUUCAUAAAAAGUUUAUUGAGCUUCUGAAUGAGGAGGUUAAAGUCAGUAGACAUGUAUACAAAUCAUUGGCUAUAUCAAAUGCUGUAGAGCUGUUUAAGCUUAUUUUCUUGAGUACAUCUAGUGCACCAAUGGUGCCCAAUAUGUUAGCAGAAAUUCUUCGGCGUUACUCUGAGCGUGACCUUUUUGCAGCUUUUAACUACCUUAGAGAGAAGAGAGUUAUGGUUGGUGGUAGUGGUAAUCAACCUUUUUCAUUGUCGCAACAGUUCAUGCAUAAUGUUUUUAAGUCAUCAUUUCCAACUAAUUCAGGGACAAGAGCUUCUAAAUUCGCCAAUUGGCUUCAUGAAAGAGAGAAAGAUCUUACAGAAGGAGGAAUUGAUCUCACUUCGGAUUUGCAGUGCGGGGACAUUUUUCAUUUGUUUGCUUUAAUUUCUUCGGGUCAAUUGUUGCUUUCUCCAUGCUUGCCAGAUGAAGGAGUUGGCGAGGCUGAGGAUACAAGAAGCUUGAAGCGAAAAAUUGAUAAUAAUGACUUUUCUGAUGGUGACAAGGCCAAGAAACUAAAAUUCUUGGUGGCAGCAGAAGGUGAAAUUAUUUCUCGUCGAGAAAAAGGUUUCCCUGGUAUAAUGGUAUCAAUUAGCCGGGCAGAAUUUUCUACAGCUGAUGUUGUAGAUUUGUUCAGAGCUCAGGAUACCUGUUCUGUUGAACCACAUAUUGAUGAAAAUAAUAUAUGUGUCACUACUUCAGCUCCGACAAGUUUAUUUUAUUCUGACCAUGUAAAGGAAAUCCUUAAUUCAGAAAGCAAUACCUCUGUAAUAGAGAACAUGAAUGAGUCACCUUGGAUAGCUAUGGCUGGCUAUGCUGCAAGUUUGUUUCCAGUACAUGCUGAUCUAGGAAGCUCUAGUUCUAUUAAUCCUGAUCUCUUUAAGGCUGUUUAUGCUGCAAUUCGGAAGGCUGGUGACCAAGGUUUGAGCAUGGAUGAAAUUUCUGAAUUCAUAACUAUGCCAGGUGAAAAGAUGCCCGAAGUUAUAAUUUCUGUGCUCGAAACAUUUGGUCGUGUUAUGAAGGUUAGUGCUUUUGACUCCGUCCAUGUUGUCGAUGCUUUGUAUCGUUCCAAGUAUUUUCUGACAUCAACUGCUGUUAAGUGUCAAGAUAUCAAAGCUCGUUCUGCGGUUAAGAGUGUGAAAGGUGAUAACAACCAUGUUGUCCUUAAUGCUGAUAGUCAUGAUUCGCUGGAAUCCAUCAUGAAUACUGAUGAUAUACACAAAGUCUCUAUUCUUAACUUUCCUGUAGAAAUGACUGACUCAAUUAAUGAAAAUCAAGUGAGCGAUCUACAUGAAGUCUGUAUACAGGGCAAACUUGUUUCAUCUGAAGGGGAUAAAGAAGUUAAAUCUUCUAUAAUUUCUUCUGGUGAAUUAUGCGUGCCAAUAUUACCAUGGAUAAAUGGAGAUGGAACAAUCAAUGAGGCUGUCUACAAAGGACUAAGAAGACGUGUCAUUGGAAUAGCCAUGCAAAAUCCAGGGAUUUUGGAGGACGAAAUUAUCAAUCGGAUGGAUGUUUUGAAUCCCCAGAGCUGUAGAAAAUUAUUGGAGUUGAUGAUUUUGGAUAAACAUCUUAAUGUGAGGAAGAUGCAUCAAACUACAUCCAGUGCACCUCCAACAAUCCUGGGGACCCUUUUCAGAAGUAGCUUUAGCAAGCCGAAGUUGGUUUGUCGUAACCAUUAUUUCGCAAAUCCCAUGAGUACUUUCUUACUGUAGGGAAGCUUAGCUUAGCUUAGCUUGAUUUUUUUUUUUUCUGUAUCUACUUGCAAGCCCCCUAUGCAGUCUUAUUUUUGUUAUGCUUCUAAAAUCACCCUAGUCGUAAGAUAAUUCUUAUCAUUGGUUUGUUGUACAGAAUGAGAUAUUAUAGGACUUCUGGGCUAAGUAUAUGAUUAACAUAUAAAAUAGUUUAGGAAUUUUUUGUAUAGAUCUAAGCUUCCCAUUUGUGUAUCUUGAACUAACAAGUAAACUAUCUAAUUAAAAGUAGACAUCAUUCUGGUGCA